GAGACGGAUUACACGCAGGCUGCAAUAUGUACCGAUGCCUUUUCAUCUGUCUAUUGGUACCUUCUAUAGAUGCAGCGUCUCUGCAUCAGGUAGUUGAAAGCACUGAAGGAGACUCCAUCAUCUUACCAUGCACCCACAAAAGAAUCACACAUGAAGGAAAACCACUGACAGUCCACUGGAGACACAACGACACCAGGAACGUGUACGAUAUCAUCCACAGCAGAAACUCUGUAAAGGAACAACAUCCAGCAUACAACAGCAGAGCUGAAGUGUUAGAUGAGCGACUGGAGAAGGGCCACAUUGAACUCAAACUCACCAACCUGCAGCUCUCCGACACUGGAACGUACCUGUGCUUCGUCCCCGAUGCCAGAGUUGAACACAGUACACAGCUGCUGGUCAAAGAAAGAAAAUUACCUGAAUACACAGCAAUUCAAUUAAGAAGCCACGGCACAGAAACAACACUAGGCAGAACUCUCCACAUCAUUAUUCCUCUAUCUGGACUCAUUCUGCAUUACUUAUGAACAGGCUUUUCUGAAUGGUUAUGUUAUUGUCACUGAAGCACA